CUGAUAUAAUCACCAUACGGGACGGAACAACUCCUCCAUGUGAGUGUGAAACAGUCAGUGAACAGGCUGCAGCUAACAGGGAGACAGAACCAGUGAUUGUGGCUGUUUUGAUGACAUGUUGUGAUGAAAUGCUCCAUGUUCUCCUGCUCUCACCAUGUCAGCUCUCCACUGUGCAACAAUGAACAGCUUGAUCUCGGUUGCUGUGAUCCUUCAGCUGGUGAUCACAGGAAUAAAGACUGAUGGGAAGUAUCAAUUUGGAGAUAUAAUUGAGUUACCGAGGGCAUGUAUCGAGGGCAUGCCUACGUUCAGUCACUUUGCUGUCUACGUGGGCCCAGAGAGCGGGGUGAACGUUGGCCAAGGUGAUAAUGACAUAUUUCACCGCACAGAUAGUAGAGAGAGGGAAGAUGUCUGUGAAUUUGGUAAACUUGAUGAGACACAACGGAAAUCGAUUGACGAGAAGAAGAAUUACCUUGACGAUGACGACGAAUAUCCAGCUGGAAACAGAACAACAGACAAGAUUAAGGAAAGAAUCAAAGAAAUGGAAAAAGAGUGUGGAAAAUAUACUUACUUAUUCAACAACUGUGAACACCUUGCUACCUAUGUGCGCUAUGGCAGACGGCUCUCACUGCAGAAAGGAACACGCUUCGGAUGUAUUCUUCCUCUGGCAAAAAACACCAAAGACGAAGAAUUAAAAGAAUAUGAAGAUGUCCUCAAACGUCUAGACAUACUUCAAAAAAGUAAUAACAAUACAGAGAACGAUGAAGGUCCCUGUUCAAAUGAUGCCCCCAAACCUGACAUCCCGACAGGCAAACUGUCAGCCUGUCUUGUUCUCUUGUUCUGUCUGCUCGGUGGUUCAUGUGUGUGGGGGUUUCUGAAAUGCUUCUCCAUCAAGAAAACAAGGGUGUAUUCACCAGAGGGAGUGUAGAGAUUUACUUCAGGACCGUCUUGCAGCUUUUUUAUUG